AUGUUUGGCACCCACGAUAUGAAAUUCUCCUUCCCCAACGCCCGCCUCCUUCGCUUCCGCUUUGCCAGCAACGAGCUCAAGCUCACCCUCAUCAUCUCCAAGGCGCUCAAGACUCUGUCGGUGAUGGCCAAGUGGCUGGUCCUCUCCUGCAAGAGCACCGCCCCUCUCGCUCUCGACCACCUCUCACUCUACGGCCAGGAUCGUCUCGUGAUUUCCUCCCUCCGCAUCGCAUCUGCCCGAGCUGUGUACCUCAACGGCCCUGCAACUGACAAGGGCAGCAACCGCCCCAGGAUGUCCUACCAGCUGCCACCUUCCUUCCAGCACGGCUCCCCGUGGCGUUUCCAGAUUUUCUUGGACCAAGUGGCUGCGCUCUAUAGCGGGAAGCGUGGAGGGGGAAGAGGCCGCAAGUCUGUGCAGAAGAAGAAGAAAGAGAAGGUCUGUGCCAAGCCGCCAUCCAUCGGCGCUCCCAACCUGCGGUUCCUCUUCUUCCCCACCCGCAAAAUGUGUAAUGCGCCCACACUGGCUGCACUGCGGCAGGACUACCCCGCCCUACCACUCUACUGUGUGGUGGACCGCUCCUUCGAUUGGCACAGGAAGGGAGUGUGCAUCAACAAUGGGCCGCUAGAGCAUUGGAGGCGGGCCAAGAGUGGGGUGCUGCGGGAGGAGUUUGACGAGGAGAAGAAGCUGAAGAAUGUGAGAGAGAAGAUGCAUAGUGUGAAUCGGAAGCUGGUGGAGGGGUACAGUGUUGAGGAAGAUGAGGCACAUAUGUUCAAGUACAAAGGUAGGUUUUAG